AUGGCCAUGAGCAUGGGCAUGGGCAUGGGCAUAGACAUGGGCACGGUGGCGCUCCGAGAACCAGGACAGAACAUCCCUCAGUCCCCUCCACUCUUUUUUUCGACCGUCCAGAACCCAGAACCUAGAACCCAAAACCCGCUGGAUCGUCCGUCCCAAGUGCCGCCGAACGGCACCCAAACACGUGAGAUCCGCGGGGGAUCUGAAACGCUGGUACGAGAUGCCCGUGAUGCUGGAAUGUUUGGAGGGGGCACCUCGUUUCGUUUCGCUUCGCUUUUUCGCACCUGCGCUAUCUACUCUGCGCUGUCCGCGCCGCCCGCGGCCCUCCUGCAGUUCUGUUUUGUCGGUCUCAGGGACCAGCCAACCCCUGAUUCGCGAACUCUUUCAGCCACGGGCUCCGCUAAGCGCCACCGCUGGUUUUCCCACGGUUGUCAGGGGCUUCUCCGGGGACUUGGAACCAAUGAGCGUACAAUUGGUACAAUUGGUCACUGGCCCACGGUGCCCCGAGUGUGCGGACAAGAGGGACAGCCAUUCAGGUACCCGCACUGCUAG